AUGGAGCGGAGCGUCCUGGGGUUCGCUGCCCUGCUGCUGCUGGCCCUGCUCGGCCCGGGGGACGCUGCCGAUCAGGCGCCGAAAGUCGAAGUCUACGCCCGUACACGCGCCGAGGAGGGACAGCCGAACACCCUCCACUGCUUCAUCACUGGAUUUCACCCACCCAAGAUCGAGGUGGAGCUCCUGAAGAACGGCGAGCCCAUGACCGGCGUCCAGUAUGGGGACUUGUCCUUCAACGAGAAGUGGCAGUUCCAGCGCCUGGUCUACGUGCCCUUCACCCCUACGAGGGGUGACAUCUUUGCUUGCAGGGUGGAGCAUUCCACCAUGUCGGAGCCGAGGAUCUACCGAUGGGAACCAGACUUCUGA